GUGUAUUGCAUUGUUAUUCGAUCUGAUCUGAUUCAUAGGUUCUGGUCUGCCUGUUGUUGAUGUCCUUCUUCUCUGCUCGAAUGCGUGAGUGAAAUCAACAUCUCAGGAAAUACGAAGUAAUGAAAAAUGCUCUAGUUCCUUAGUUUAAAUUACCAUGGCAUUUACAAAAAACUUGUUUUUUGGGUUCAGCUUUACCAUAUCAUUUGCACUUGCAUAUUUGUGGUUUAUACAUACAGAAAGUGAUGUGGAUUCAUCCUCAUUUUCAAAUACGCAAGCAACGUAUAAGAAGCCAUACCAUCAUGUUAAUAAAAUGCAAAGUCAUAUGGACUUGAAAAAUUCAAAAGAGAUAGAUCGUAUUAUCAAAUCUGAACAGUUAGAAUUACAAGAACGUGGUGUUUACAUCGAUAUAACUGACUAUAAACAAACAAAACAUAAAGUAAUUAGUAAUAAAGGUGUGAAAUCAUUGGAACCUAAUACAAAUUCUCAUAACUCUCAGCACGUAUCUAUAAAAAGAAGAUUCAAGUAUCGAAAUCCAGAAAAGGAAGAUUUGCAGAAGUUAAAUAAAGUACAACUUAACAUUGAACAUGAAACAGACCCUUUACCUGAAUCUGCAAAGUGUGAACACAAAGUUUUUUUGCUGGUGCUAGUUGUAUCACAGCCGGAGAAUGAAGAAAGAAGGCGGUAUAUAAGAGAUUCGUGGGCGUCUUCAUACGCCGAAGACAUUCAUAAAUUAAAAUCAGCUGUUAAGCCUUUUUUACAUGGUUUAAAAUUUACAUUAGAAAAUGUUUUCAAAACUGUUUUUGUUAUGGGAAAAGCAAAAGGUGGAAAUACUGUUAUGAAAAAAGUUUUAGAGGAAGCUAGAUUGAAUAAAGAUAUUGUGUUUGGAAGCCUGCAAGAAGAUUAUCAAAAUUUGACAAUGAAAACUCGACUUGGCUUAAAGUGGGCUUAUUAUGAAUGCGAAAAUGUGUAUGUUGUUAAAACAGAUGAUGACGUCUUCAUCAAUCCUGUGCCAUUAGUAGAAUGGCUGAAAGAAAUGCCACUGCAGAAUGUUUACACUGGAUAUUGUAAUUUUAACUCACCAGUUGUAAGGACGAAAGGAAACAAAUGGUAUGUUUCAUAUGACGAUUUUAAGGGUGAAAAUUAUCCUGGCUAUUGUUUGGGCGGUGGUUAUUUGAUGUCUGAAGAUGUUUUGGGAAGAUUUCUAAAGCUGUCGUAUGGAAGAAAACUUUUUCCAAUGGAAGACCUCUAUGUUGGGUUGAUAAUCAAAGAGUUAGAAACAGUGAAAGUGAACGAUCAAAGAGGUCAUUUUGACUUGAUAUAUAGUGGUAGAAGCAUUCUGUGCGAUAUGAAUAAUUUGUUUUUAGCCCAUCAAGUGAUUGGUAAAAACCAACUCGUACAUAUAAAAAAAGCAAGGCGCGCCUUGGAAACAUGCUAGCACUGUUAUUAUGGAAUUCGUGCAUUGAUAUUGCUUGUUAGGAACAGUAGCUAGUAAAUAUUUUUAUAGAAACACCAUGCAAAAAAAUUUGUCUUGCAUGUCUAUUCUUCACAGCGAGGUUUUAUUUUUACCAAUUUAUAAGGUCGCUCUUCUCUAAGAAUAUAUUCUGCACGAAAUAUCUUUUUACGCUAUGACAAUAACAGAUAAGUUUUAGUUUAUCAAAGAAAGGCGCCUAACGCCAACGGUGAUAAGUGUUGGAGCUGACACAAGUAGAAACAAUAAAGCUACGAUUCUCACCUCACGGGAUGUUAUACUCGUGGUAAGUUCGGUUUUAAAUCUAAUUUAAUCCAGCACGCGUCGAAAUUUCCGUCUAGUGGUGAGCGAUGAACUAAUAAGCAUAUUUUUACUUUGUAAACAAACAAAGAAACCUGCAUUGGCACAAUACUGUACUUUUGAAUUAUUUAUAUUAUCAAAUUUUCUAUAAAAGUUGUACAA